UUCUAAUAUGUGUAGUAGAUACUGUGAGUUUGAGAAGACUGAAAAAAUCCGACCGCGCAGUAUUUAAGUUGCGCCUAAGUAAUGGCAACUGGCAGUUCGGGUGAUAGCUACUAUUGCCACUCUUGCGAGGCUGAGGUCGUCCCAAACUUGCAGGUUAUUUUAAAAUAACAUUCUUUAAUUAUUGUUCAGGACUUUACAUGUUCAGCGUGUCACUCAGGUUUCAUUGAAGCAAUUAGCCCAGGUGGUUUAUCAUCAAAUCAAACAGAAGUAUAUAUCUGUCAUUCUAACCUUUAUUUAUAACAGUUAGAUGCAAUGCAGAUGAUAGGUCAGCUAUUUGGAGGUUCGCUUAGCGAUAAUAUUGUUCGCUAUUUUGCAGCACCUAGGGAUGACCUUAGUUCAACAGAUGAUGAGUCAUUAGAAAGGGAGAAUUUAGCUAGAAGGUCGCGACGAUCGACAAGAAAUUCAAAUCAUAGGUCGACACGAGAACGUGUGUAUACUCGUGUUCCGGAUGGUCGUCAUGCUUUUUCUACUCGCAUCCAGUUAUCAAGUGUGGAUCAUCCAUUCAGGUUGCCAUUUUUAUCAAACUUUCCAUCAGCUGAUGGAGAUAUGCAAAAUCUUGUUUUUAAUAGAGCUAUCUUUGACCAGAUUAUCACUAUGUUAGUGAAUGAGUUACAAGUGGGUCCACCACCUGCCCCAGAAUCAGCCAUUGCAGACUUACCUACAAGUAUUUUGACUGAAGAACAAGCAUUAAAGUUGGGUAUUUGUUCAAUAUGCUUUGAUGAUUUCAAAGAAUCCGAAUCAGUAAUCAGAUUACCAUGUGCUCACACCUACCAUCAAACUUGUGUUACAACAUGGUUAAAACAGCAUGGAACUUGUCCGGUUUGUCGAAAGGAUUUAUCCGGACAUGAUACUUCACGAUAUGAAGAUCCACGUCCAAACUUAACAGGAAAUAGUAAUGGUUCAAGCUCUUCCACUUCCUAGUCUUCAUUAUUCUUUCGAUUUUGUAAAAACAAAUAUAAAACCGUAAAUUCAUUAAAUUUGUCUAUUUUCACACAAACACUUCAGAAACAAUCCAGCUAAUAUAUAUAUAUAUAUAUAUAUAUAUAUAUAUAUAUAUAUCGAAGUGUAUCAGCGAGAUGCUGUAUAGUUUCAUCAUUUUCUCUUUUUUGUCUCUUCCCAUUAUGUAGCAUAUUUUUUCCUUGUGUAUGUAUGAUGAACCCAAACAGCCCUGUGUUAAUUUGUGUUUGAUAAUUUUUCUCUGUUUCUUCUGAGAUCCGACUUUUCUAUCAAGAUUUUUUUUACCAAGAUUGUUGCAUUAUCUUACCCAAUUAAUUUCACAAUAACUAUUAAAUGCGUCCAUCUUACUUUGUUUAUCACUAUUAUUAUUGUUCAUGUAUUCACUAGCUUCGUGAUAAGACUACUACUUGCUUUCUAAUCCCCACUCCACCUUUUUGCAGAAAUAAAGUGAAUACUCAGAAGAGGGUUUUUCAUACUUCUCUACUUGUAAUGUAGUAAUUGUCAAUUAAUUAUCAAUCAAUAAAAAUAAAAUGACGUAACGUUAUUUUCUUUGGUUCAGUCUAAUUGUUUAUUUCGUCCGCCAUUCCAAUUCUCGCUUCAUUAUUCUAUCUCAUUAUCAGUUACUAUUCCGUAUAGAUAUACAGAUAAGUAUUAUUGAAAUUUCAGUUCAAUAUCUAUGUCCUAUGAAGAAAACUUGAGUAUAUAUAAAACUAGCUUAUUAUAUCUUUGGUUGACAAUCUCACUAUUUUUUACUUUAUCUAAGAUUUAUUUCUAUUCCUUGCUUCUCUAAACAAUUCCUAAAGGGACUUAGUAUUUAUUUGAUUAUCCUGUCCCAAAAUAAAUCAGUCUGACUGGACAUGUCGAUAAUUAAGGUUGGUAGAAAUAUUCCUGCACCCUUUCAAGUUGGACUUUCAAUUUUAGUCCUCAUCAUUGUAUUAGCGAAAUCCACUAACCAGUAUUGUUUCC